AUGCAGCAAGUUGCAGAUGGAGCUGGGAAGCUCGGUGAUCCUAUACCAGCUCAGGGACAACACUCUCAGGCUGUUGAGCUUUGGCACCAACUCCACCAGAAUACGGUUAGACAGGUAGAAUUGGGGCCGCAAGAAGCGACGGUCAUCGACAGGCAUAGGCAGAAACGUCCUCAAGCCCUGGACCUGAUAGAACGUGUGGAAUUUCUGGAGAACCUCGUGCUCAUGGCGCAGGAAGGAGCUGUGGCGGGCCUUCUCAGGCACGUGGCGCUGGAAAAAAGACCUCGACAGCAGCUCGUUGAAAUACUCGAGGCCGAGCUCCUCCUUGCGUACCGUCGGGUUCGGCUGCUCGAGAAACCCCUCCCCCAUCCACAGGAGCACGAGCUCAUCCCGGUCGAACUUAUAAUCCUUGGGGAAAAUCGAGCAGUAGGCGAACAAAUGCUUCAAAUGAGAUGGGAGGUGCUGGUAACUCAGCCUCAAGACGGGGAGGAUAUUAUGCGGCUCGGGCAAAUCCCAUAUUUUGCUACUCAGCACCUUCUCCCAGUCUUCCUUUGUCUCCUUCGAGCGCAGAAGGCCGCCGAGAGUCUUGGCGGCCAAAGGAAGCCCUUUGCACUUCUUGGCCAGCCCAAGCCCGACAUCCCUCAGCUCGAGAACCUCGUCGAAGGACGUCCGCGCGUGCUGCGCCAGCAAGGACAGGCAGUUCUCGUCGGUCAACAACUUCAUGUGGUAGGCCGUGCGCGGAGAUCCAACCAUGGAGGCCACACUGGCAAUGCGGGUCGUAACUAUGAUCCUGCUACCGGGCAGCCCGAACUGGAACGGGCAGUACAGUUUAUCCCACAUCCCGUAGUCCUCGUUCCACACGUCGUCUAG